CUUUAGGGAAGUCAAACAAUGGGGACGUCAUUUUUUCCACAGUCAAAGCACACUGGUUGGAAGUGAACUGAAAUGUAAAAGACUAAUAACACCAGGAGGGGGCAGUAAGCGGAAACUGUGGAUACCAAUUGAAGCAAAACACUGAAAAAGAAGCGGCGGACUCGUUGUUCUGCUUGAAAAUGUCAGUGGAUACAGAGGAAACUCACCAGAGGUUAAAAGCUGCAGUUCAUUAUACAGUGGGUCGUCUCUGCCAGAAGAUCGGUGAAGACCACCGGAGACCGUUCAGCCGACAAGCUAUAGCGGCAAUAGCCGAGACGACAUUCAGACAGUGUGAUAUAUUUGCCAAAGACCUGGAGGCUUUUGCAAGGCAUGCUAAAAGAAGCACAGUGUCUGUAGAUGAUGUGAAACUUGUAGCCCGCCGCAGUACUGCUUUGUCCAUCCACAUACAAAAUAAAAGUGACGAACUGACCCAGGAGCACAUGAGUUUAAAAAAGAAGACUACUGCAAAGAGAAAGAACACAGAAACUGAGGAGGAAAGCAGAGAAUAAGGACAGGACACAGGCAAGCCUGCGGUAUCUGACUUGAGCCCAAUCAAUCAAAUAAACAUGAAGACUGACUUACAUGUAUCUGAUAAAGCCAAGAGCCAACAAAAGUCCUAGUUCUUUCAUGGGCCAUGUGCCUGUCAAAACAGUUAUGUAGCAAAGAUUUGGAGCAAAUAAGUGAAAAGUUCCAUCCCAGGAUCUGCUAAUGUGAUGUUGAAUUUUAGUGCAUGUAACAAUUUUGACCUGAUUUGUUACCAUGUAUGAAUGAAACAUUAAACUUGAUUUUUAAAGCAUUCGCCAAAGGGACCCUA